AACUCCCAAGUCCACAUCCCACACAUCAACACACUCACACUGCCCCAGUGUUUCAGAAGGAGCUCCUCCAUUGCCCUUUCUAUCCGGCUGAAGCGCACUGUUCCUGCAGUUUGUUCAUCUCUGUUGUUCCCGCUUGAACUUGUAACAUCAUGGCAGCGAUCGGAAACCGUGGUACAAUCUCACCGGCAUCGGAUUUCGAUGCUGAAAUCGAUGUAGAGAAGCUGAGAGCGGCCAUGAAGGGAACAGGCACUGAUGAGGCAGCAAUCAUCUCCAUUUUGAGUCACCGUACGAUUGCACAGAGGCAGAAGAUUAAGGAGGCGUAUAAAUUGGCUGUAGGAAAGAAUUUGGAAGAUGAUAUAAAAUCGGAGCUGACCGGUAAUUUCGAGAAGGUCGUGUGUGGGCUGCUGAUGACGGCACCCUAUUACGAUGCCUACGAGCUGAGAAACGCCAUCAAGGGUGCUGGAACUGAUGAAGCGUGUCUGAUUGAGAUUUUGGCUUCAAGGAGCAACGCUGAAAUUAAAGCUUUCACUGCUGUCUACAAGAAAGAGUAUGAGCGUGAUCUGGAGGAUGAUAUCUCUGGAGACACAUCCGGCAUGUUUAAGAGGGUCCUGGUGUCCCUGGCCACGGCCGGAAGAGACGAGAGCACCAAAGUGGAUGAAGCCCUCGUUAAACAGGAUGCCAAGGAGAUCUUUGAGGCGGGUGAGGCGCGCUGGGGAACCGACGAGGUCAAGUUUCUCACCAUCUUGUGUGUGAGGAACAGGAACCACUUACUUAGAAUGUUUCAGGAGUACCAGCAGAUUUCGGGCCGUGACAUCGAGGACAGCAUUAAGAGGGAGAUGUCCGGCUGUCUGGAGGAUGUUUUUCUCGCCAUAGUGAGGUGCCUCAAGAGCAAGCCGGCGUUCUUCGCCGAGAGACUUUACAAAUCUAUGAAGGGUUUAGGCACCACUGACAGCAUACUGAUCAGAGUGAUGGUUUCUCGUGCUGAGAUCGACAUGAUGGACAUCAAAGCCGAGUUCCUAAAGAUGUACGGAAAAACUCUGAACUCCUUCAUCAAGGGGGACACAUCAGGGGAUUACCGAAAGAUCCUUCUGGAGCUUUGUGGAGCAGAAAUCUAAGCCAGGAGUCCAUACCAUUUGCUAUAAUAUGACAUUUAUUAGGAGCGUGUACCAUGUUUGCUUAGUUGACUGACUCCUGUUCAUUAACAUGUAGCUGAUGAUUGUGUGUGUCUGUGUGGUUUGUUUUGUUUUUUGGUCCAACUAUAUCACAAAAAAGUCCAAUAUUUCACACCAUGGAAUGCCAAAUAAACUGACUGGUGCUUUAAACUCAAAUAAAAAAAAAUUUGUAUCCCUUA